CCCUCAAUUCUUUUCUCACUGUAUUUUGAUGCUGGAAAUCUCUUAAAGUUCCUUGCUUGAAUCCCAUUAUGGAUCCUAAUUUUUUCAUCGAUGAGAAGGCUGAAAGUAGAGUUUAUAUCGGUAACCUUGACUUGAGAAUAACAGAGGCUGCUCUGAUUAAGAUGUUUACUCCUUAUGGCAAGAUUUUAUCCGAAGAAUUUCUAUGGCAUACUCGUGGACCAAAACGUGGAGAGCCAAGGGGCUUUGCUUUUAUCCAGUUUAGCACUAAAGAGGAAGCUAAACUGGCCAAGGAGAAGAUGCAUGGGAGGUUGGCUUGUGGCCGCCCUUUGGUUGUUCGUCUUGCCAGUGAGAAAUACUUGGAUGAAGCAGCACAAGAUUCUUCCACAGCACUUGGUGAGGCGAAGAAAGCUGGCCUUACUGGUAGCACUUUAGGGAAGACAAGUCGUAGUGCCAAGAUAGCUGCAAUAAAGAACAAAUUGAGAGCCUUGGAAGAAGAGGGCCCGAGUAUGAAGAAGCAGAAGCAAGCUGACAGUGACUCUUGUAAGGAUAGUCUUGACCACUCACAAGACAAGGGAUAGGUGCUGAGGAGAACUUUGGAAACUAAAGGGUUUCAAAACCCAUGUACUGUUUCUUGGAAUAUACUCAGUAUGGUUUUAACCUUAGGAUUAUUUUGAUACAUAACAUCGUGGGAAAAUCAUCUGCUGUGGGUUUCAAUUGCUUGAGUUUUGUGCAUAACCUUCUGGCUUGGUUACUCGUAUCAAAAUUGUGCUGCAAACAUUUCUAGGACU